CGUUUUUAAAGACUCUCUGUGUGAUCAACUGACUCUCUUGAUGUUCCUCAUUUUCAGCCCAAAGAAUGGCUAGCCAAAGAGAGUGAUUCCAAGUGUGAUAGUUCCUCCCAAAGAGCCCAGCCUCAAAUCGGUGUCAGGGCCUGGAAAACAACAGUGAAAAAUCCCCCGGCAACUAACCAAUUCGAAAUGAAUUUCCUUCUCCAAUUGAGACUGCUCAUCUGGAAAAACCUAAUCUUACGCAAACGGAGCUGGGUUCGAUUGCUCAUCGAAGUUCUCUGGCCGUUGUUCCUCUUUAUGAUCCUGGUUUUGGUUCGAUUGAGAGGGUUGCGUAAAUACCAUCACCAAUGCUAUUUCGACGAAAAGGCCAUGCCCUCGGCAGGCCUCAUGAGUUUCGCUCAAAGCUUUAUAUGCACUUUCAAUAAUACGUGUCAUAUGGAAAACCGGGAUGAAUACACUCAAGUCCAGACAUACAAUGACUCUUUUAUUUCCGAGCUUGUCAGAGAUGUGGAGGUGGCCUUGGAAAGAAAUUUCGACGAGGAACGCGUCGUCGCAGUCAGCGAGAUCAUCAAGGACCUUUACACUAUUCAGCAAUUGGGUGUGAAAGUAGGAAACUCGUUCACGAACGGCGAAGGUGUUCCAGGAUUUGGAAUUGGCCUUACCGUGGAUCAAGUGAGCCAGCUAAUAAAGGACCCUAACGCGUUUCUAUUUGGCUUACUUUCCUGGGCAAACGGCAAGAACAUCACUCUUCAGCCCAAAGUCAUCCAAGGCCUCAUGGCGGCCACCUUGAGGCCUGAGAAUGUAUCACCCACAGAAUUACUGAACAUGGUUACUGAUCCGAGGACCGCGAUCUGCGAUCCGGAACUCGUGAGCCGUUUCAUCGACGCCAAGAACUUGACAAAUGAGGAGGUUCGGGAGAGUCUAAGACCAUUUUGCAAUCUGAGUGUUGAAGAUGCCUUGGAACUUUUGAAUCUUGUUCAAGAGAACAUUGAUUGGACCCAGGUUCAAGAUGAGGUUGACGAAUUUGCCAUAGGCAAUGCGAACGGACAACUUCAUUUUAACGAUUGGAAGCUCUUAAUCCAAGUCAGUGAGGAUGUUCGACGAGAUUUACUUGAAAAAGAGUCGAUUAAGAAGGUCAUCGGAGAUGUCUCCAACUUUAUGAAGGAGCUCACUGAUCAAAUGACAAUGGAAGUGAACAACGAAACCUUGAGCAAUAACUCUCUUUUCACAAGAAACAUCUCAGAGAGCGGCCGAUUGGCCUUUGCAGCCUUUCAAAGGGUGGUUUGUGGACGGAACAUGUCCUCGGACCAACUUUUCAGUGAUGGUGGAGCGGCUACCAGGUUCGAUCAGCUCCGUGAUCAAUUGAAGGAGAAGGAUGAGGAAGUCUUCUAUUUGUACGACAAUUCCACCAGUAAGGAAUGCAAUGAUUUCAUGAAAACCAUGGAAGAGAAUCGCCUCACCGGGUUUUUAUGGGACCAAAUGAAACCGUUCAUACGGGGCAAAAUACUCUUCACUCCGGAUACUCCAGCCACUCGUAAAUUGAUGUCCCUGGUCAAUGCCACCUUCAGCCCCAUCGAAGAUGUCAGGAGAGUCACUCAAAUGUGGAUAGACACGUAUUCCGAUCGAGUCCGAGGGUUCUUCUUGGACAAGGAAAACCAAGAAUUUCUCAAGGAACAAUUUACCUCCGAGGAACCCGGAAGUCUUCUAGAUCGGGUAUUGAACAACAACAUUACCAUUGCUUUGAAUCAAGAAGGUACGGCCGAGCUUGUGGAUGCCGAGGAGUUGAAGUUUACCCUUCAAGAAUACUUCUCCGGGAACUAUUCGGACCGAUGGGAAGAAACCUUUGACACGAUUGACCGCGUCGCCCAAAAUAUCAGCACAUACCUCUCCUGUUUCGAUUUCAAUAAAUUUGUUGGAUUCAAUUCUGAGCACGAGUUGGAAAAAGAAGGCAUCAAUCUAAUUGGGGACAACAAAUUAUGGGCCGGUAUCGUUUUCCCCGAUUUCCCCAUCUCAACAGACUCGGAGAAGUUCCCGAAAUUUAUCAAGUACAAGAUCCGUAUGGAUUCGGAUAAAGUGGACACGACCAGAUACAUCGAAGAUCGCCUAGCCAGACCAGGUCCUAGGAGACGUCCAGGAAUUGAUCUCAAAUACCUCUACUUCGGGUUUGCUUACCUCCAAGACAUGAUGGAACACUCGAUCAUCUCAGUCCAAAGUGGCAGGAACAAAUCUGAAUUACCGGGGAUCACGCUUCAACAGAUGCCGUAUCCUUGUUACAUUGAAGACCGUUUCGUCAUCGCCAUUGCCCGAACUUUCCCUCUAUUCAUGACCUUGGCCUGGGUUUAUUCCGCCUCCAUGAUCAUCAAAUCCAUCGUCUAUGAGAAGGAACAACGGCUGAAAGAAACUAUGAGAGUCAUGGGCUUGGGGAAUGGAGUUCAUUGGGUUUCUUGGUUCGUGGACAGCUUUCUCAUCAUGUGCUUCUCGGCUUGUCUUCUGACCUUGAUACUCAAGUAUGGCGACAUCUUGUCCAAGUCGGAUCCGACCGUGAUUUUGGCCUUCAUGCUUUCCUACACCGUUUCAACCAUUAUGCUCUGCUUUUUCAUCACAACUCUAUUCUCAAGAGCGAAUGUGGCCGCCGCAGCGGGAGGAAUCAUUUUUUUUUGCUUCUAUCUCCCGUACUCAUUUUUGGUGGUCUGGGAGGAGUUCCUCAAUCCGAACUUCAAAAUCGUCUCCUGUUUGAUCAGCAAUAUUGCCUUCGGCUUCGGAUGUGCUUACUUCUCGCAUUAUGAGGAGUCUGGAAUUGGCGCCCAAUGGGACAAUAUCUGGACCAGCCCUCUCUUGGAGGACAAGUUCUCCAUGGGUGGAGCCAUGUUAAUGCUACUUCUCGAUUCGGUCAUCUACGGCUUCAUGACUUGGUAUACCGAGGCCGUUUUCCCCGGUCAAUAUGGGGUGCCGAAACCAUGGUACUUCUUUCUGACUAAAAGCUACUGGAUAGAAGACGCCUAGAGUUCCUUGAAUGAUACCUCUUCGCUCAAUGGGAGCUUGUCCGACACUGAACUGGGAGAAAACAGCAAAAAUAUCGAGGUCGAGCCUAAGCACUUGCCUUUGGGUGUGUCUGUCAAGCACUUGUCGAAAGUGUAUUCCAAUGGAAAGGUAGCAGUGGAGGACCUGAGCUUGAAUUUCUACGAAGGUCAAAUCACUUCAUUCUUGGGACACAAUGGCGCUGGCAAGACAACAACAAUCUCCAUCUUGACUGGACUGUUCCCUCCAUCGGCUGGUUCGGCUUUCAUCAAUGGCAUGGACAUUAGAAAAGACAUGGACUCCAUUCGGAAAUCCUUGGGCACUUGCCCGCAACACAAUGUUCUCUUUGAUCAUUUGACAGUGUUUGAGCAUCUUUGGUUCUAUGCGAGAAUCAAAGGGCGUGACCCCGAGGAGAUUUACAAAGAAGCCGACAACAUGAUCAAGGACCUUGCUCUCCCACAUAAACGGGAUGAGCUUUCUAUGAAUUUAUCGGGAGGAAUGCAAAGGAAACUGAGCAUUGCAUCGGCUUUUGUAGGAGGAUCCAAAGUGGUCGUUCUGGAUGAACCCACAGCGGGAGUGGAUCCAUAUUCACGUCGGGCAAUUUGGGACCUGCUGAUCAAGUACAAGGAGAAUCGGACAAUCAUCUUGACCACUCAUUUCAUGGACGAAGCUGAUCUUUUGGGAGACCGAAUUGCCAUCAUCAAUAAUGGAAAACUGAUUUGUUUUGGAUCGUCGUUGUUCCUUCGCGCCAAGUUCGGAAACGGCUAUUACUUGACUUUGGUUCGAGACGACAGUAUUGAUGAAGAAGAAGAAGAGCGAGUGGAGCCUCUUUUAGAGCUCGAAGAGCCUGACAGUGCAAGUCCCAAUGCUAAAAAUGGCGAUCUUCUUAUGAUCGAUAACGACGACGAGUAUCCUCCUGCUGAUGAUCAUGAUAAUGGUGGUGAUGCAGAUGAUGGUACCGACGAUGACACUGUCCAAAUUCACGAUCUCAAUGAAGUUCGAAUGCGUCGAAGACCUAAUCCAUCUUCAGGAUCAGAGAGUAUUGAAAACGACAUUAUCAUAGACGACGAAGGCGUUUCAGACAUUCAUCGUGUCAAUGGAAUCAUCAUCAAUCCGUCCAAGGCCAAUGAAUACGCCUUGAACUACCCUCACACAAAAUUUAUCCAGAAAUGGGUGCCCAACGCUCGACUAUUGGAGCAGAUAGGUUCGGAGAUCAUCUACAUCCUGCCAACAAACGACCCGCGUGUUGUUAAGAAAUUUGACCGACUUUUUACUGAACUGGAUCGGUACAUGCCAAAGUUAAAAAUCAAGAGUUAUGGUCUAUCAGAUACAACUCUUGAAGAGAUCUUCCUGAAAGUGGCCAGUAAUGGGAAUGAUGGAGAAAUUGUCAGACAUUUGGACGAAAACUCCACCGAUGUUGGAAUGGUAGCCAACCGCGUGCGGUCGGCGUCGGAAAGUUCGGGAAUUCGACACUUUUUUAGCAACAAAAAGAAGCAACACGCCGCCAUUGCAGAUGAUGGAACCAACCAGGUGACAAGUCCGACAGUUUCUAAAAAUUCCAAAGUGACACUCAAUGGCGUGUAUGCCAAUCCGAUCUAUCAGAUGUCUCACUUAUUCUGUAAAAGUAACGGUAAUGCGGAAUGCUCAAACAUUUGGGGGACCAAAGUGGGAACUUACGAUCCAGAUGAUGAAGCAGUUUCUCAAGCUGACGAACCCCGGAUUGAUUCCGCACCCAAACCAAAAAUGCAAAACCCCGUGAAACCUCCUGAGAAUGAAGGACCCACCUCUCUCUUUUGGAAACACAUCAAGGCUUUGGAAAUUAAGAGAUUCCAUCACUCCAAGCGAAACAAGAAAGGCAUGCUUUGCGAGGUAAUCCUACCGGCCGCUUUUGUGUGCCUGGCCAUGCUCUUCACAUUGAUUUUGCCGCCUCUAGAAGAACAAAAGCCCUUGGAGAUCCAUCCUUGGAUCUAUCCAUCAUCCGGUGAAUACUCUUUGCAAACAUUCUAUUCAAACUCGCAUCCCAAGGGCGAUUGGCCACGACGGUACGAAGAGCAGUUGUUAUCCAGAACGGGCAUGGGGAUCAAAUGCGUUGCUACUAACGAUAUGGAAAGCUUUGAAGACACCCCUUGCGCAGGAUCUCGUCCCGAUUUGACCAACUUCACCUAUGCUCCUGGUGCACUAGAGAAUAUGGACAUUAAAGCAUGUUCUUGCGACAUCGGAACCCAACAAUGUCCAGCAGAUGCGUCCGGAAUUCCUCCGCCGUCAGUGGUCAUGCCUUCCUUUGACGUUCUACUUAAUUUAACGGGAAGAAAUAUUAGCGAUUUUCUCAUGAAAACUCGAGUUCAGUCAUACAAGCGGCGUUAUGGAGGCCUUGAAUUUGGGGUAAGGAACCCACUUGUUAACCGGAACAUUACUCAACUCGAAGAGAUCACCGAUAGAUGGCUUGCUGCCACGAAUAAUGGACAGUCGAGGCUGAAUCCGACGGUUCGUGAUGUCAUAUUUGGCAACCUCGAAGACACGGCCUUGAGUUCAAGCCAGUUCGACAAUGUCCGGAUUUGGUUCAACAACAAGGGAUGGGCUGCAUCUGUGGCAUAUAUGAAUUCGGCAAACAACAUCAUCUUAAGAGCGAGUAUCGCGGCUCAACAGGAUAAUUUGGACGACAUGAGCUUUGAUAUGGAGUACAAGGAUGCCUCCAAGUAUGGCAUGGCCGUUAUCAAUCAUCCGAUGAAUUUCACCAAGGAGCAACUGGACACGGAGAUCAUUCGUCAGAUUGGCAUCUCUCUUCUGCAUGCCAUUUGUGUGAUCUUUGCCAUGAGUUUCGUGCCCGCCUCGUUCGUGAUCUUUCACAUCGACGAGCGGGUGACCAAGGUGAAGCAUUUGCAAUUCGUGUCUGGAGUCCAGCCCAUUACCUAUUGGAUAUCUGCAUUUCUGUGGGACAUUGCCAUGUUCAUCUUCUCGGCAUGCUUGUGUGUCUUGAUCUUCCUGGCUUUCGACGCUCAAGCUUAUGUAUCUGAAGACAACUUCCCGUCCUUGCUGAUCCUCAUGUUCCUCUACGGAUUCUCUUCAAUACCUUUGAUGUAUCCAGCCAGUUUCCUUUUCUCUGUGCCGAGCUCGGCCUUUGUGACCUUAUCGUGCACGAACCUAUUCAUCGGCAUUAUCACGACCGUGACCACCUUUGUAUUGGAGAAUUUCGAGGACGACGAACUGAAAUACAUUGGCUCGAUCCUCCGCGAGGUGUUCCUCAUCUUUCCCCAUUAUUGUCUGGGUCGAGGCCUCAUGGACAUGGCCACCGAGAUGAAUAUCAACCUGAUUGUCCAGAAGUUCGGAUACAUAUCUGUGCGGAACAGGUUCUCGUGGAGCUUCUUGGGUAAAUACAUGAUCUCGAUGACCUUGCAAGGGACUCUCUUCUUUGCUUUGACCUUGUUCAUCGAGUACAAGCUUUGGACUUGGCGACCGAAUUUCUGGCAAAAACAAACGGAAACAGAUGAAUUCGACGAAUUUGACGAAGACGAAGAUGUUAUUCGAGAACGGAGCAGGGUUUUAAGCAAGAACAAUCCCAAUGAUAUGCUGGCCGUGAAGUCGUUGCUAAAACGUUAUAGCAAAACUGGAAAACCGGCAGUGAACCGAUUGACCUUUGGUGUUCGACGAGGCGAAUGCUUCGGUCUCCUUGGUGUGAAUGGCGCCGGAAAGACCACCACAUUUAAAAUGCUCACCGGUGAUACCGAAGCGAAUGGCGGCGAUGCUCUAGUCAAUGGAAACAGCAUCCUGACCCAGUUGCAGAAAGUCCGGAAGAGCUUGGGCUACUGCCCUCAAUUUGACGCCCUCAACCCUUUGCUGACCGGGCGGGAACAUUUGCGAUUAUACGCCAGAUUACGAGGAUUAGACGAGGACUCCGUCAAGAAGGUUGCAGAUUGGGGCCUUAAGAAACUGGGUCUUGUCGCUUACUCUGAUCGAUGCGCUGGAACCUAUUCGGGAGGAAACAAGCGCAAGCUAUCGACAGCCAUCGCUCUUGUGGGAAAUCCAUCCAUUGUCUUCUUGGACGAACCCACCACAGGAAUGGAUCCUGGCGCCCGAAGGUUCUUAUGGAACACCAUCUUGGAAAUGAUCCGUGGUGGCCAAUCGGUGGUGCUCACAUCGCAUUCUAUGGAAGAAUGCGAAGCUCUCUGCACUCGGUUGGGAAUCAUGGUGAAUGGUCAAUUCCAAUGUCUGGGAUCAGCUCAGCACCUCAAGAACCGCUUUGGAUCAGGCUACACAUUAACCUUGCGAAGUAACGGCGAGGCCGAGGCCAUUCCUACCUUGAAGGAGCUCGUGUCCAAGACGUUCCCAUUGGCUGAACUCAAAGAGGAGCACUAUAAUCAGUUGCAAUACCAACUACCUCUUAAACACACAAAACUGCCCCUGGUGUUUCGAGAGAUGGAAAAGGCCAAGGCCAGUUCUAAAGAGUCCCUCUUGGAGGACUACUCGAUCACACAAACAACUUUAGACGAGGUUUUCAUUCGUUUCGCUAGUAAGCAGACCGAAAUGGUGGAAGACAUUGCUGCCAAUGAGGCCCUUCAUGAAGAAUCUCAUCCGAGUGAAUUGAAAGUCUAACUCUGUUAACCCAUUCUGAAAACUAUGAACGUAACGAAGAACUAGCAAACAUAGGGAAAGUUGUGGGCAAACACUUCAAAGUCAAACAAUAGUUGGUAAAUUGUUGUCAGAGUUGAAUGAAUGAAUGCAUACAGAAAGUUUACUUCAAUCGUUUUUUCGUCCCUUGUCAAAAAUUCCCGUGAAUCUCAAUUAUGACCCACAUCAAUACAAAUAAAU